CUUACCGACCUCCAUAAUUGAGAGAGCCAAAAAGCAGAAUCUCAUGAAUGAUACACUGUGACGAGACGAAGAAGAAGAAGAAGAAUCAAACAACUACCUGAACCGUUGCUCUCGAUCAAGGCGAUGACAUCGCCUGGGUCGAAGAAAGUGGUUCCCGCCGACGGAUCCGAGAAGAAUCUUUCCGGGAACCUCGGGAGAACCGGAGAUGUCAAUGAUAGUGGAAGCAGCAGCGGUGGUGGAGAAGGAGGAGGAACGUUUGAGUAUUUCGGAUCGGUGUAUCAUUUGGGAUCGAAUAAGAUCGGGCACGAGUACUGCCAUCUCCGUUUCCUUUUCAUCAGAGGCAAAUACGUCGAGAUGUACAAACGGGAUCCUCACGAGAACCCUGACAUUAAACCCAUAAGGCGUGGUGUCAUAGGGCCUACAAUGAUGGUUGAAGAGCUUGGACGGCGCAAAGUUAAUCACAUGGAUGUUUACGUUAUUAGGUUCUCUAACCGGCUGGACGAGAGGAGAAAAGGAGAAAUUGCUUGUGCUACCGCUGGAGAAGCCAUGAAAUGGGUUGAGGCUUUUGACGAAGCAAAACAACAGGCUGAAUAUGCACUAUCCAAAGGGGGAAGCACAAGAACAAAAUUGAGCAUGGAGGCCAACAUUGAUCUUGAAGGACAUCGACCUAGAGUAAGGCGUUAUGCUUAUGGGUUAAAAAAGCUUAUCCGAAUUGGGCAAGGUCCGGAGACUCUUUUGAGGCAAUCCUCUACCUUGGUUAAUGAUGUCAGGGGUGAUAGUUUCUAUGGGGGUGGAGACAAUGGAGAUGCAAUCGAGGCACAUGAAUGGAAGUGUGUUCGUACAAUCAAUGGUGUUAGGAUUUUUGAAGAUGUGGCUAACUUCAAGGCUGGUAGAGGAUUUCUUGUGAAAGCAGUUGCGGUAGUUGAAGCUAGUGCGGAUGCUGUGUUCGAAGUGAUUUCGAAGCUUGACAAACACCAAAGAUACGAGUGGGAUACAGUAACAGGUGAUUCGGAAUUGAUAGACUCAUACGAGGGCCACUAUGAUGUCAUUUACUGCGUAUAUGAUCCUAAGUAUCUUUCACGGUAUGUUCUUCAACUUAAAGUUCUGGUUGUCCUUAAUGUCACUGUGACACCCGUCACUCUCGAAAAUCCGAUAAUAAUAAAAUAACAUAAUAAUAAUAAU